GGGGGGGGGGGGGGGGAAGGGCAGGGCAGGGCUUCGGCCGAGGUCGGAAACUCAAGCUCCCGUCAUUUCGGAUCCGCGGACCUCGUCUUCGGCAUCGGUGCCGGUGCCGGUGGCUCGACGGUCCGUCGAUCGUCUUCCCGUCUUACCCCGCCACCUUGAGGAUCGCAUUAGGCACCGAAGCAGUGACCGCUCACAGAGUAGUAGACCCGAUGUCGCGGGACUAGUCCUCCACUGAAGUCAGUCCACGGAAGCCCCAGGGGCCUCCGGUGCCCCGGACUGUGGUUCCACAGCCGCUCGAAUUUAGCGGUCGAGGUGGGAAUCCGUCCGUGCGACCGCGGCCGCGGGGGUUGGGACAAAGUCACGGACCCGUGCCAGCCAAGUUCCAACGCAGAGCCGAGCCAAAGGAUUCGUCGGGGCCUCGGCUCCAAGUAGUCGGGGCCUCAUUAAAGCUGCAAUGAAGCGCACACGCCCUGGCCCUGGCCCUCGCUCGAUACAGGAGGAGGAGGAAGCACGGAGCCAAGUACGUACCCCGUCCUUGGCAGGCCAACGAAUUCCGAGCCGAAGUUCGGACUUUCCCCCGCUCUGGAGCCCGGGCUCAGACGGAGCGGGUGGGCAUGGGGUUGAACGGAAUGCCAGGGGCAGGGGCAGGGCCGGGGGCAGGGCCGGGUGAGUUAAGACCGUGUAACGGGUGGGUGACGAUUUCAAACAGAAAGUUCCACGGAGUCGUCGCGGCGAGGCCCACAGUUGAAAAUGACGACUCCGUUUCGCGGAGGACGAGAAGUCAGUUGCUGGAUGAGCCGCGGACGGUGGUGGCAAUGGAGUGGGGGGAAGGGAUGAAGACGAAGCAAGGCAGCGGAGCGGGCCUCCGAUACUCAAGUGCCGGUGGAGUGGCGUGGCGUGGAGUGCGUCAGAGAUGCGAACAAAAGUGGGUGCUUGUAUUAUCCCCAGCUGGAGGGGGGAGGGGGGAGGGGGGAGGCGGGAGGCGAUGGAAGGACGGAGGGGCUAUGACAUUCUGCUCGCGGGGCUAAACAACAAACCAACGGGCUCGACGUCUCGGAAGCGAUUGGGGGCGAGCAGACGCUUGUCUGGGCGAUCGCGGUCCCUUGACCUGGGUCGCACGCACAUGAGGUGCUUGUGACUCCACUUCCCCCACCCCCCCUGAUCUGGCCGCGCCUGGGGCUCGGAUGAGGACGAAGAUUCAAAGAGUGGAUGCCGCCGAUUGACCCUUCGGGACGAACCCCCGCAUGCAAGCAAGUUCCAACAACGCAGGGCCAGGACGGAAGCGAGUCGUCGGGAACCCCAAGCCCUUGGCGGAGGGUUAAAAAGAAGUGUCCGUACCUCUAAAUGUGGCAGGACCGCUCCAAGUCUGGCCGCCCCGGUGAGUGCAUACCACACGUUUGACUGGGGCUGGGGGUGCGGGAGGGGACUGGAGUUGGUGGUUAGUGCCACCAGUGCAAGGUUCGGAUGAGAAGGGGCAGCAGGGCCUAUGGCUUUAUCCUUAUCACGCCAGCUUGACUUAUUCCCAGGAGAGGGCGGGGCAGAAGAAUAAGCACGGGAGAGGGUGAGUGCGCAUUCGGCCUAGCACUGGAAAUCUACGACUGGUGUACUGUACUCGAUUCUAGAAGGGAUGGAAUGAGCUAUUUUCUUCGAGGCUGGUCGUCUUUGGCCCAUUGAUUAUGAUUGUGGCGAGAUGGGCUCGAUUCUAGAAGCAAGCGAGAAAUGAAUAAAAAUUACAGUGGCGACACAUAAAAAAGGGAGUCAGGAAAUUAUUACUUUUGGUGUCCACUUUUCGUCAUCAUUUUGGAUUCUUGCUUUUCAACACACAUGCUCUUGAAUCUCAUCACAACACACUAUGCCUCCGUCAUCACAACUCCAUAUUUAUGUGCCCAUGACUUAUAGGGGUACCCGCCUAAUAUCCAACGCAUUCCAUUCAAGAGUCAAGAAUGGUGAUCUGUGUAGCCACGCAGUAGUUCCCAAUCAUCACAUGGUUUGCGUAAGGCAAAGGAACUUUGUACUCCAUGGGCUC